AUGUCAUCAGCAUCGUAUACGAACCACCAUCCAGAACAGCAAUCUGCCGGUGAUGAAGACCCUCCAGUGUCCUCUUCGAAAAUGGCUUCACCUCUUUCAGCUUCUUCCGAUUCCUCGUCAGCCAUGUCGAACUACAUUGAACACACGACUCCCACAUCGCUUCAUUUCCCCAUUAGCACAAGCCCACCAUCAGCGUUACCAGCAUCAACAGGUUCGCAAACAGUUUUCCCUACUCCAUCACGGUCCUAUUCUGCAACGACACCCACUAUGCGAGCACCACCAAGUGGUGGAAGUAGUCAAACGAAGCGGCAUAGUCUAAGGUCACCACCACCACCACCGUUGCAGCAUAUCCCUCGUCAAGGAUCGUUUGCUAGUAGUCAUAGUAGCAGCAAUAACAACAAUCCAACAACAUCAACGGGUCAACAACAGCAAUCAUCUAGUCAACCUCUUGAACGCACUAUAUCCACACAAGGCAACAAUGCGUCUACAUCUUCCUAUCAACAACGACCCACAUCACCCAUUACUUCUCCCAGCAUCCACAAAUCAUUGAAUGCCCUUGAUGCCAAAUCCAUUACACGUGACAUUGAGCGAACGAGUCAAUACAGGGAUGAUAUGAUUACUUCUCCAUCUUCACCCACUGCAAGCAUCAAUCCUUCAGGGUUCUAUUUCUCCAAUGCAAACAACACCAAUAAUUCCAAUGCUGGACCCUAUCAUCAUCGUCACCAUCCAUCUACAGCAUCAGCUGCCGCUGCAGCAGCCGCAGCCGCAGCCGCAGGAGCACCACCUCCACCACCUAUUCCUUCAUCACAUCCACAUCAUCCAACACCUUAUAUGCGUCAAGGGAGCGUGAGCAGUAUCAGCAUGCAAACAACUACCGUCAACCCUACACCUUCCAUUGCACCAUCCACUCAAACUAUUGUGAAUCCACCGCCACCUAUCGGCAAUCCACAAGGCGACGUAUGGCAAUCAUUAUGUGUACGAGUCCUACCUUUAUUCAAUGGUGAAGGCGUCAAAGGCAACAUUGAAGAUCUUAAUGAGCUAUUAAGGCGAUGUUUGACAGAUCCAGUAUCUCCACAGCUUUAUCGCGAUAUCGAAUCCUUGUUACGAGAUGGGAUGUUUACAUUGAAUGCCAAAAUGCUUGGUGUCACCGAUGAAAAGUUGCUGGAUCGACUAGUGGAACAAUGGUCUUUUUUCUUCACGUAUGCUCUACCCUAUUUCGAGGCUGUGUUCCUUCCAUUGAGAACGGAUGUACGAUACCGGUCCCUGGAUGAGGCUGAAAUGUGGAAUGUACGCAACAUGGCAUUGAGGAGCUUUCGAGAUAAUGUGAUUUUACUUCAAACAAAGCGACUCGAAGAUGUCUUUGCAAAGUUGUUUACAGAUUUUGGAUCAUCCCAAAACCCUGCAGCCACAGCAGCAAAAAUGCUCCAGAUGACAUCUUUACUCGCAUCAGCACCCGACCAUAAUGAAGAAAUUGAACGUGUACUAUCGAGUCUCAAGGCCAAUUGGAAAAUCAUGAUGACCAAGGGCGAUAGAAGAGGAUUUGCAGGCGUACGGAAACCGCGGGCCGGUACAUCCGCUGAAGCAACGAACCAGAUAUUUGGUACAUUGACGUAA